GCAAUUUUCGGUCUGUCGAGAAGAAAAAAUUGUUGAGAAAUAAAGGGCAUAACUAUUUGUGAAAAAAUGACGGUGAAUAAGCGCGACGCGAAUGUACCGCGUCCGCGUUGCUUCUUCGACAUUACGCUCGGGGGGCUCGGGGUCGGUCGAAUCGUUUUCGAACUAUACAAUGAUGUGGCUCCCAAGACCGUCGAAAACUUUCGUGCCCUGUGCACCGGCGAAAAAGGCAAUGGUCUGGUCACAGGCAAGAAAUUGCACUACAAGAAUGUAAUUUUUCAUCGUGUGGUUAAGGAUUUUAUGGUGCAAGCGGGUGAUUUUAGCGCUGGUAACGGUACUGGCGGCGAAUCAAUUUAUGGCGGCACAUUUGAGGAUGAAUGCUUUGAUAAGAAACACGAUCGUCCUUUUUUGUUGUCAAUGGCCAAUCGGGGCAAGAACACCAAUGGCUCCCAGUUCUUUAUUACAACACAGCCUGCGCCACACUUGGACAACAUUCAUGUUGUAUUCGGUCAUGUUAUUUCCGGUCAGGAAUUAGUAAAACAGCUCGAGGAAUUGCCUGUUGAUCGCAACUCCAGACCCUUGCAGGAUGCGGCCAUUGCCAAUUGUGGUGAACUGGUUCGCCAGACUAAAGUGAAGAAAGACAAGAAGAAGAAGAAACGCUAUGCGACCUCAGAAGAUACAGGAAGUGAAAGCGAAGCAGAGCCUAAGCGCAAGGAGAAGAAAAAGAAGCGUUCACGCAAGGAGUCCAAGUCGAGUGACAGCGAAAAUGAGAUAGAGCGCGGCAACGGGCGCCAGAAGCAGGAGGAUGAGGAGGGCGAGAUCCAUCCGCUCGUCACUCUAACAAAAAUCGAUCCAAAUGAAAUACCAGAGGUGUCGAAUAAGUAUCUGCUUCGCGGCGAAAAGUCGCAUUCAAGAGAGCGCACCGAGCGAACUCAUGGACGCGAUGGUUCUCGGGAGAAGGAGCGAGACCGUGGACGUGAUCGGGAUCGGGAUCGUGACCGUAAUCGCAAUGCUUUCGGCUGGUCUAAAAAACAAGCACCGACAUCUCGCAGUGGGCGUAUUGUGAAAGGGCGUGGCGUGUUUCGGUUUCGAACGCCUUCACGCAGUCGUUCACGCAGCAACACGCCGCCGCAUUGGAAGCAUGCCCAGAAACGGACCAUUAAGUUGUCUGAUUUGGAACGCCUGGAGGAGGAAAAGAAGCUGCGUGACGAGGAGGUGAAGCGUCGUGAACUGGAGCGCAGGAAGCGUCAUGAGGAGGCCACCAAGGAUCCAAAGAAGUCCUUUUUCGAGCUAUCACAUGCCAGCACCUAUGGUGGCAAAUUGACACCAGAAAAGUCGCCGGAACACAAGACCAGCACCGGCACCGGCGCCAGCAGUGGCGAUAAACGCAAGCGCAACGACAGUCAGACUCUUAAGGACACUGAGCGCGGCAAGCACAAGGAUGCGCGAGAGCGUAAAGUCAGUGAACUGGAGCGCGACAAGGAGAAGGAGAAACCCAAAGAGGAAGCCAGCAGCAAACGUCGUAAGUCCGUGGAUAUGAAUGCCCUGGACUAUGAACAGCAAACAGAUAGCGAGGCGGAGCACGAUAAUGCGCCAGUCAACAACAGCAAGGAGCUGGAAAAGACACGGCAUGGCCCCAAACAAUCGGCACAUAGGGAAAAGGAGCGGGAACGAGAAAAAGAACGAGAACGCGAGCCAGCUGCUCCCAAGCGUGAGGAGCGUAAGACCCAGGACGAUAAGCAAAGGUCCUCAAAGCGUUCGCGUUCGCGAUCGAAGCGCAGAAACGUGCAGGAACGUGUUGUACGCUCUCGUGAGCGUUCAAACUCACGCAAACAGGAGCGCAAUGCACGCUCUCGUGAGCGCUCAAGUUCACGCAAACAGGAGCGCAAUGUACGCUCUCGCGAGCGCUCAAAUUCACGCAAACAGGAACGAAAUGCACGCUCUCGUGAGCGCUCAAACUCACGCAAGCGUUCACCCGAACGCUCACGUUCCCCGCGAGAACGUCGCCGUUCUCCCAUGCGCCGGCAGCAACGUUCGCCAUUAAUGAGGCGUCCACCUCAAAUGAUGAAUCGUAAUCGACGCAAUCCGUUUGCUGUUGGCCGUCGUCGCUCGCGCUCCGUAGACAAUGAGUAUCGCAAUCGUUUUCCGCUCUCGCCCAUACGCACUUCGACGCACAUUUCGCCCCCGGACCGACGUCAGCCGCCACAGAAUCGUGCGGACAGUCGUGGGCGCCGUAAUGAAUCGCCAGAUCGUAAUCGCGACAGGCGUCAGCAGCGUUCACGCAGUCGUCGUCGUCACAGCGUCUCACGCAGCCCGAGUCCUCGCUCACGUCGCAGUCCCAGCCCCAGAGCCCGUCGUAGUCUCAGCCCCAGAUCCCGCCGCAGUCUCAGCCCUAGAGCUCGUCGCAGUCCCAGCCCCCGAGCUCGUCGCAGUCCCAGCCCCAAAGGUCGUCGCAGUCCCAGCCCCAGGUCUCGCCGUCGCUCGCUUGAUCGCAGCGCUCCGAAGCUGACUUCAGCGCUGCCUCUGCGUGCACCACCCGGCGCAGAUCGCAGCGGUGCCGAGCGCGACGCUCACGACUCUGAUGGCAAGGACAGUGAGAGAGAUCGAGACGCAAAGGCGGCACUUGAAAAGAAACAGAAACGUGCCGAGGCCGCUCUACUGCUGAAGGAGCAUAUGCGCAAGGAGAUUGCCAAGGAGGAGGAGCGGCGUGCAGAGAAACAGCGCCUUGACGAUCUAGAAAAGGAGCGCACCACCCGAGAACUUGAGGAACUGGAGCGACUCAAAGCCGAGACGCUCAAAAAGCUCGAGGAGGAGCGCGCUCAGGAUGAGGCUGCGGCAGUGGCCGCUGCCGCCCGACGCAACAGUCGUGGCAGCAGUCGUGAGGAACGCCAUCGCGAGAAGAAACGCAAGCAAAAGAAGUCCAAGAAGCAGGCGACGCGUUCGCCCCGCUCGGGCUCUGACUAGAAGUUCAAAUUACGAGGCAAUUCAAUCAAUUUAAAGGAAUAGUCAAGCAAUUUCGGAAAUCAUGAAAACUGAAUUUGUAAAAACAGAUUGCAAAAAAAAUUUUAAAAAAUACACCGAACACACACACACACAUACUGCAUUAAAAUGCAAGACACAUAUAAAGGAAUAUACUUUACUAUGCAUUAGGAAAAGCCAUUAAUAGAUUGUAUUGAAGAAACACAACUAAACUGAUCUUAAAUAAAGAUUCAUACACGCCCAAA